AACGACGUCGUUUGUGUUUGUUAUAUUGGGCUUUGCUCAAAGCUUCAGUCUUUAUUGACCAAAAAAAUCAAAAACAAAAACAAAAGCUCCAGUCUUUGUGACUCUGGCUUAGAGAAGAGAAAUGGGUUUAGCUUCACAUGGGAGAUACCUUGCAUUUCAGAUUGGUAAUCCAAAAUCAAGGCUUUUGAUUCGGGUCCAGUGCUGCAGUUAUCAAUCAGAGAGUAAAAAGCAAGAGGAUGAUGAAACAGUGAGGGAAAUCUGUACCAUUCUGAAGCGAAGCAGAGAGUGGGAGUCCGUGUUGAGCUCAUCAGGGUUUCCCAAGAAGCUAAACCCUCGUGUGGUUCGAUCCGUUCUUCAACAACACCACCAGGUUGGUGACCCAGAAAGACUUUUAAGUUUCUUUGAUUGGUCUGGUACCCAAUUGGGUGUGCUCCCAAAUUUGCAUUCUUUUUCGAUUAUGGCUCUUGUUUUGUGUAAUUCCAAGCUUUUUGGGCAUGCCCGUGGUGUGUUGGAGAGAAUGGUUAGGACCCGGAAGCCGGCUUUAGAAGUUUUGGAUUCUGUUGUUAGGUGUUUUAGACGGUUUGAGGGGUCUGAUAUGGUGGUUUUUGAGAUUUUGAUCAAUGUGUUUAGGAUGGGGGGUUGGUUUUAUGAGGCUGCUGAUGUGUUUUUGGCUGUUACGAGUGUUGGGAUUUCGCCCAGAUUGGAAUGCUGUAAUUCUCUGUUGAAUGACUUGUUGAAGGGUAAUAGGAUGAGGCUGUUCUGGAAAGUGUAUGAUGGGAUGUUAGAGGCUAAGAUUGAGCCGGAUUUUUACACUUAUAGCAAUGUGAUCAACGCACAUUGUAAGUUUGGGGAUGUUAGGCAGGGUAAGAGGCUACUGGUUGAGAUGGUACAGAAGGGCUGUAAUCCGAAUUUGAGUACCUUCAAUGUGGUGAUUGAUGGAUUGUGUACAAGUAGGGCUGUUGAUGAAGCCAUUGAGUUGAAAAAAUCAAUGGUUGAGAAGGGAUUGACCCCUGAUAGGUAUACUUAUUCAAUACUAGUUGAUGGAUUGUGCAGACAGAAGAGAUCAGAAGAAGCAAAGAUGGUAUUGAACGAGAUGUAUGAUAUAGGUUUGAAUCCUGACCGCACCUUGUACAUUGCUUUGAUUGAUGGAUUCUUGAAAGAAAGUAACGUGGAUAAGGCCCUGAGGAUCAAAGAAGAGAUGGUCGCUCGAGGAGUUAAGUUGUGCAGUGUCACAUAUAAUGUGAUUUUUGCAGGGAUCUGUAAAAUAGGUAAGAUGAAGAAGGCAGAGUCUCUUUUGAAUGAGAUGAAUGCUAUGGGAAUUGAACCUAAUACCCAGACAUAUAACUAUUUAAUUGAUGGGUACUGUCGGGAGCAAAAUGUAAACAAGGGUUAUGCAUUACUUAAUGAGAUGAAGCAAAGGAACUUGACACCCAAUGAGGUCACUUGUGGAGUGGUAAUCAAUGGCCUUUGCCGGUCUGGAGAUCUACAAGGGGCUGAUAAUGUUUUGAAGGUAAUGAUCACUGGGGGUUUGAAACCCGGUAGAGUUAUCUACACAACUCUAAUAAAAGGUCAUCUACAAGAAAGAAAAUUUGAAGAGGCGAUAAAACUAUUGAAGGAAAUGAGUGAAAAAGGUGUCAUUCCUGAUGUAUUUUGCUACAAUUCUCUUGUAAUUGGCCUAUGCAAAGCGAGGAAAUUUGAAGAAGCCAACACUUAUUUGGUGGAAAUGGUUGAGAGAGGAUUAAAACCUAAUGCAUAUACUUAUGGGGCUUUUGUUCACGGGUACUGUAAGGAGAGGGAAAUGCAACUCGCGAAUAGGUAUUUCGAGGAGAUGCUAGGUUCUGGUAUAGCUCCAAAUGAGUUUAUCUAUACAGCCCUGAUUGAAGGACACUGCAAAGAGGGUAACUUGGUUGAAGCUCUUUCAACAUUUAGAUCUAUGUUGGGACGCGGGGUGACCCCAGAUAUCAAAACAUACAGUGUCAUUAUUCAUGGUCUCUCCAGGAGAGGAAAACUUGAAGAAGCAAUGGGGAUCUUCUCUGAGCUCCUUGGCAAGAAUUUGGUUCCGGAUGUAUUUACAUACAGCUCUCUCAUAUCUGGCUUUUGCAAGCAGGGAAAUGCAGAGAAGUCUUUCCAACUUCUUGAACAGAUGUCUCAGAGAUGUAUUAAACCAAACAUUGUCACUUACAACGGCUUGAUUAAUGGAUUGUGCAAGUCUGGGGACAUUGACAGAGCCAGAGAAGUGUUUGAUGCAAUUUCAGGAAAGGGUUUAACUCCUAAUGCUGUGACUUAUGCUACAAUGAUGGACGGAUAUAGCAAAUCUGGAAAAUUAACUGAGGCUUUACAAUUAUUAGAUGAGAUGCAACUCCAUGGGAUUCCUACUGAUAGUUUCAUUUACUGCACCCUGAUUGAUGGGUUCUGCAUGGCAGGUGAUACAGACAAGGCCUUGUCUUUAUUUAAUGAAGUGGUGGAUAAGGGCCUUGCUGCCACCUCUUCUUUCAAUGCAUUGAUUGAUGGCUUCUGUAAAUUGGGGAAGCAGAUGGAAGCCAAACAGUUGUUUGAAGAUAUGGUGGAUAAGCAUGUGACACCAAAUCAUGUUACGUACACGAUUCUGAUUGAUUCUCUCUGCAAAGAGGGCUUGUUGAGGGAAUCAGAAGAGCUAUUUCUGGAAAUGCAGGAAAGGAAUCUGCAGGCAAAUAUUACAACCUACACUUCACUUUUGCAGGGCUACAACAGCACUGGAAGCAGAGUAAAGAUGUUUGCUCUUUGCGAGGAAAUGAUAGCAAGGGGACUCAAACCUGAUGAAAUAACCUAUGGUCUGAUGGUCGAGGCCUAUUGCGAAGAAGGUGAUGUGGUAAAGUCUCUAAAGCUAGUGGAUGAAUGUUUGGUCAAUAGUGUUAAUUUGAACAGUGAUGUGGUAGAUGCUCUGGCAAAUGCCCUAUUCCAAAAGGCAGAAUUUUCAAAAGUGAUGAAGUCACUUGAUGAAAUGGGAGAGCAGGGAUUUGUGCUCAGUCUCACUACAUGUAAAACAUUAGUUCACGGAUUUUUCUACAAAUCAGGGAAUGCAGAGAGGGCAGCAAGGAUUCUCGAGAGCAUGCUCAGGUUUGGAUGGGUUUCGGAGUCCACAAGUAUAAGCGACUUAAUUAAUAAUGAAGAACAAAAUGAGGCAAGCUCUGGGAUUUCUUAAGAGUGUAGUUGAUUACAGUAGAAUUACUGGUUCUCGUCCUAUUCAUGGUCCAUGAACCAAAUACAAAUGCUGGCCCAAGCAGGGUAGCAAAUUGUGGUGAUGGAAAAUCUCUGCUUUUGCAAUGUGCAGCUUCCUCAUUGUCAAACGGUGAUUGUGGGCACCCCUUCAACAAACAUGUUAACUCCCAGGUUAUAAAGACAUUCAUGUACUGAGGAUGGGGAGGGCAUAAAAAACGUAAGGACUGCUGGCGAGGUAGUCAACUGGAACACUCUGUUCAGGAUGAUUAGUUGAUUACCAUGGGUGAUCAUGAAAGACAGCAACAGGUGGCAAUGUUGAUACUCAGUAAGAGAGGUGGCCAAAUCAAUUGCAGACUUGCAGUUCUGCUUGUAAAGAAACCACCUGGUCUGGUUGGGAUGAUAUUUACAUGCCUUAACAAAGCCUGCUUCUUAAUGUUCAUUUAUUCAGAUUUUUUUUUUUAGAAAAUUUAUUCAGAAUUUAAGAGUCAUAAAGUAGCAAGCAUCUUGUAAUUUAUGGAAUGUAAUAAUGUGAUUUCAGCAAUGAAUAUAAAAUGAAAAAGUCAUCGAAACAAAGAAA